AGUAGGCUUUAAAAGGAAAAUCACUCUCAUCCUUUUGUUUAGUCAGUCUGUUUAUAGGUAUCAUAUAGGAGUUAAGUAAUUGUUUAUAACUUUUAAAAUUUCAAAUCGAAAGCCGUUCCAUUUCGUCACGACCAAUUAGAGCGGAGAGAAGAUUUUCGAUUUCCCAUAAUUCCGCAACUCCCAGCCAAUCGUCACUUGAGCAAACAACGCGACUCGCACGCUUUCAAAAUGCCAAUAUCAGCUGAUCAGAAGCAGGCGUUGGAUUCACAGGCAGUGAACAAUUUUCGAGAAUAUUUACAAAUACCUAGUGUACAACCCAAUAUAAAUUAUGAUGCUUGUGUUAAAUUCUUACAAUCCCAAGCAACAGGCCUGGGUUUACCAAUUGAAGUUGUGUCAGUUGUUGAGGGUAAACCGAUAGUCAUAAUCACUUGGACAGGAGCAAAUCCUGCCCUGCCAAGCAUUUUACUAAAUAGUCACAUGGACGUUGUACCUGUAUUCGAGGACAAAUGGACGUACAAACCUUUUAGUGCCCAUAUUGAUGAGAAAGGAAAUAUUUAUGCAAGAGGUGCUCAAGAUAUGAAAUGUGUAGGAAUUCAAUAUUUAGAGGCAAUCAGGAGAUUGAAACAGAAUGGUAUCAAAUUGAAAAGAACUUUGCAUGUAUCGUUUGUCCCAGAUGAAGAGAUUGGAGGAGUAGAUGGCAUGAAAAAAUUUGUCCAUACUGAGGAUUUUAAGAAAUUGCGUGUAGGGUUUGCUCUUGAUGAAGGUAUGGCUAGUCCAACCAACAUAUUUCCUUUGUUUUAUGCUGAACGAAACAUUUGGCAUUUAAUAAUACAUUGUCCUGGCACACCUGGUCAUGGAUCGCUGUUGUUGCCAAACACGGCUGGCGAAAAAGUUAGUUAUAUUUUGAACAAAUUCUUUGAAUUUCGAAAGGAACAAGUUGAUAUUUUAAAAGGAAACUCUGAGUUAACCGUUGGAGAUGUUACUACAGUGAAUCUUACACAAUUAGAGGGAGGAGUACAGUCAAAUGUGGUUCCACCAGAAUUGAUUAUAACAAUCGAUUGUCGCAUUGCUCCAACUGUGGACAAUAAGAAAUGGGAAGCACAAGUAUAUCAGUGGUGUAAAGAAGCCGGGAACGAUGUGUGGAUUGAAUGGGAACAAAAGGAACCGCAAAUUCCACCUACUAAAUUAGAUAAUACCAAUCCAUUUUGGUUGGCUUUUAAGAAAAGCGCGGACGAACUCGAUCUUAAAUUGAAAGCUCAGAUAUUUCCUGGUGGGACGGAUUGCCGAUUUAUUCGUGAAGUUGGAAUACCGGCGAUAGGAUUUUCGCCUAUGAACAAUACACCUGUUUUGUUGCACGAUCACGAUGAAUAUCUGAACAAGGACGUGUUUUUACGUGGAAUUGAAAUUUACGAAGAAAUCCUAAAAGCAGUCGCCAAUGUUGAUGACAGAACAGGGUAGUUGAUGGUAUUUUUAUGGAAUGUUGUGCCUUAUAUUGAUAAAAGUUAAUGUCUAUACCAAACAAUUAAUUGAAGUGCAAUAAUAAUAUACAUAUCUACAAGUUUACCCUUUAUUUUAUAUUUAUGUUUACAUCUGUUUCUUGUGAAAUAAAUAUUAUAAUAAUUGA